AUGGUAUUUCCAAUAAACAGUAUAGAGAGAAUCUCCCCAGUUGAUUGGCGUGAAGAUUGGAUCCAAGACGCCUGGUCCGCUGCAGUUUUGGUAUAUUUAGGUUUGGUUCAAGAUGUCAAGAUUAAUCCCACUGAUAAGUGGUUAUUUGAUAAGUAUGUUAAGAAACUCAAGCUGUCCAAAAAAUCUAUGGCUCGAUACAAGUUUGAUGACCAAAUAUUAUAUUAUGAUGAUAGAGUCUGUGUACCUCGCUCCAGACGUACCGAACUACUAAACAUUUAUCACGAUAACAUAUUGCAUUGUGGACAUUUUGGUGAAGUUACUACGAUUAAUAAAAUAUGUCCUAAUUACUAUUGGCCUUCAAUGACGGUAGAUAUUCGUACUUAUAUCAAAGGAUGUUUACAAUGCCAAAUUAUGAAAAAAUUUAGACCUAAGAAAGAUGGACAACUGGAACCAUUAGAUAUUCCACAAGGACGUUGGCUAGAAUUGUCAAUUGAUUUUGUUACCGGACUUCCAACUACUCAAUCUCAGAACGACAUGAUCAUGGUUGUAGUUGAUAGGUUUUCUAAAAGAGCCCAUUUCAUAGCCACUCAAAUAUCCUUAGGAUCUGUCGGUACGUUAGACUUAUUUUAUCGGUUUAUUUUUGCUUAUCAUGGUUUUCCAAGAACGAUUGUUUCAGAUAGAGAUAUUAGAUUCACCAGCUCGUUUUACAAAGAAGUGACAGAAAGACUAGGCAUCAAAUUAUUACUAUCUUCCUCUAAUCAUCCACAAACAGAUGGUCAGACGGAAAGCGUUAACAAAACCUUAGGUCGGUUACUAAGAAGUUACUGUUCACAAGAUCAAGAUAAUUGGGACCAUUUUCUCCCUCACCUUGAAUUCGUUUACAAUUCCACAUUCCAACGUUCUAUUCAAGCUUCACCAUUUGAAGUAGAUUUAGGUUAUGUACCCAACGAACCAUUACUAGACAUUGGUAAUGAGCUGUCGGCGCGUAAUCUAUCCGCUGUUGACUUAUCAAAAACCAUCAAGGUGAUUUCUCUAAGAACUACAGAUUUUCUCAAGCAAUCACAAGAGGACAUGGAAUCACAUGCGAAUGAAACUCGAACGGCCAAUGAUUACAAACUCGGUGAAUAUGUGUUACUUCACCGUGAUGCAUAUUUUACUGGGGGAAAGUACUUAAAGAUCCAACCCAUAUUGUUAGGACCAUUUAAGAUUGUAAAAAUAGGAAAAAACACCGUUGAACUUGAUCUACCAUCAUCCUUUAAGAAACAUAGGGUUAUCAAUAUAAAAUGGAUAAAAAAGUUUGUAUUAGACAAAGAUAGGUACCCAAAAAGUCUACCAAGAACCUCGAUUGAACGAAUACAACGUGCUCAGGAAAUAAUUGCAGUCAUAGGGUACGAUGUGGAAAGCCACGAAUACUACUGCAAGAUGAAAGAUGUUGAUCCCACUCUAACCUGUACAUACUCGUUAGAAGAAUUUAAUAAGUUAACAAGCUCAAAGAAAUCUUCGUUGUUAAACAAUUUCAAUACGCUUGUGAAUACAAAUUAA